AUGCCCGCCUACACUCUCACUCCCUCAUCAACCCUCACGAUGACGCACACACGCAACAGUAACGUCCAGCUGUUGGCAACACUUGUCGAUUUAAUGGACGAGGAGGAGAGCGAAUACCGCUUUCUGAUUGACGGGAAGCACGUCAAGUAUGUCACCGUGGACCCCGGAGUCUUGCCAAGAGAUGAUCGGGCCUUUGCUCCGAUAUUGCUUGCGACGCUGCCUCCCUUCCCUCCUGGUGACUGGAACGAGGGUCACAUAUCCAAGAAUCCUCUUAAUGGAGAGUUGGCCUUCUCCCGUUCCGAAACAACAGCGUACGAAUGGAUUGAUGGCCAGGGCAUCGGUCCCAAGUUCCUCGGCCAUUUGACCGAAGACGGCAGGGUCAUCGGCCUCGUCUUGGAGUUCUUGGAUGAUACUAGGUCCGCUGAGAUUGAAGACCUGACAGCCUGUCAAACUGCUUUAACCAAGCUACACUCUCUGGGUAUCAAGCAUGGCGACAUCAACAAGUAUAAUUUUCUUAUCCGAGAAGGUAAAGCGGUCCUUGUCGAUUUUGAGGCGGCUCGAAAAUGCAGUGAAGAAAAGGAGCUCCAGGCCGAGUACGAACGCCUAGAGCGCUCGCUGCGUGAUGCUUCGCGUAGGGGCGCGACGUAUACGUAG